CAGAUGCCUGAAAACAGGAUUUAGUGCAGCAGGGAUAGGGGUCAUAGCGACGACGAUAGGGAAAUUCCCCUAACCCCAAUAUAGCACAUCUGCAAAAAAAGGGGGCGGGGGGGCAUUGAAAAUUCCAGACGUCUUCUAGUUCAUCCAACUCAUACGUCUUCGUUCCCACAGCCCAAUGGCUUUCAAUACACUCCCAAGAGAGAUCUUUCAGCAUACCAUAUCGUGUCAAGCGCCCGGUCUGGAAAACCUUCGAAAUUACAGUCUGGUGUGUCGCGAUUUUGGCGAAGUUGCCCGCGCAGCACUGUGGAAGGACAUCGAUCUUACAUUCGAUGAGCGCGGGGAUGAAGAUGCAAAUGAGAAAACAGAACGGAGGCAGGCUCAGCUGUUGACAUCUAUUGCUUUCGGAUAUUGGCGCUCAUGUCCGCACAUUCAAAAAUUUCCACCCAUGGGGUAUUGGGUACGUGCUAGAUGCAACGAGGGAGAGAGGACCAGCAAAGCCCGAUAUGCUCAUCAAAGCCGCCCAAAACAUGAAAUGCCUCAUCAAAGCUUCGUUCAUAGAGAACCCACUCGCUAUAGAAGUUGUCACCAACCUUCCGUCCUAUUCCUGGCUCACAGAACUCUCCAUCACAGGAAUUAAUCCAGAAGAACACAUCUGGAGUUCCGCUCUCACGGCAUUGAAGAGGCUACAUUGGGCCUCACCCAACCUACACGGCGAUCAGAGGAGCCACACUCAAACCGCUGAGUUCCUCAUCAAGGUCGUGCAAAGCACUUGUCCAGACCUCGAAUCACUCGACAUAUCAUUGGGGCACGCAGCUUGGUCCAUCUCAGAA